AUGCCCCUUUUUAUCGCUGUGGCCGCUAGAGCGGACCGUUACGUCAGGGCAAUGCGGAACGCGACCCUGGCGCCUAAAUUCCAUCUCCGCUGGCCCACCUUCCGGUCGAGGUCCCUCCUCUUCAGGCGCUCGCCUACCCUUUUCCCCUUCCCCCGCGAGCCUCGACCUGGCAAAUUCUCUCGAAUAUUCCGUCUUCUGAUCGGCCCGCUCGCAACUAGACGAGCUCAUUCCCGUCUUUGGGGUAUCCGGCACGAGACCCUCCCCGCGCUCCGGCACCGGGCCCAAUCGCGGAUCUACCGAGCGCUCGUCCAGCGACAGGCGCGACUCGCUGCGCGCGAUAAGAGACUUGGAAGUCGUCUUCUCGCCUCCUUGAUAGGAAAAAGGCGACGCUCAAAGACGCAGAAUAUUUCUGCUGGAUCCGGCAAUCUGACAGGCACAUACCCGAAGUCGACCCGAGAGCCCCGCCGCGAACCGAACGAGUCAAUGGCUCAGUCCGGACUUUCUUCGACAUGGGGACCAGGCAGCGGUGAUGGUGCCGCUGCGCCUGGAAGCCGCCGCAAGAAGGUAUAUGAAUAUUUCAAAGCAGCGAACGAGCUGCGCCAGUCCUACACUUCCCAAUGGGCUGGUCAGAGGAAUGAACACGAUGAAGAUUACUACAACACCCCCGGUGCCUUCCCAGAUAUCGAAAUCGCACGAUCAGGCGAUGAAGAAAUGGUGCUUUUCCCAAGCUAUGCUAGAAAAUUAACCAAGAACAAAAAGACCGACACUCCCCGUUCCCGACGUGAUUCGUGGUCUGAGACUAUCGAUGAAUAUCGCGGCGCCGCUGCUGCCGAAGAGGACGACGCUUCAGCACCUGCUUGGGAUGAGACAGAAACCGAAGAUUCGGUUGUGGCCGUUGACGUGCGUGGCUGGAUCUACGCUCCUGGGCGGGGACCGAUGAGCCGAAAGCACAGAUUGAUGAUCGCUUUGGCAAGGAAACUCAGCGGAAUCCCUGCGCCUACUGGUUCUCCGAACGAUGACUCUGACGACAAGUUGUCGGGCAAGGGAGACGACGAAUACGUUGAUAAGCAGAUGCAGACGCUCGUCGAAUCAGCCGUCAAGGACGCAGACCCCGCCUGGAAGAGCUCAAACGUGGAUCGUUCACAACAGCCCGCGGCUCCGUUGAGCAAGGAUGAAAUAUCCAUGGCGAAUGCACACCUGAUGGAAAGACUUCGACCAUUUUUGACCAAUCCUGUCGCCAGCAUGCCGGUCACCGUGUUCUUUUUCGACGAAAAUGAGAGCAAGUCCAGAAAUAUCACAACGGAUGAGUCUGGCCAUUUCUCACUUCGCGCUGCACUGCCAUUUGUGCCCACUCAUAUCCGAGUUUUGGCAUCGGAGGACCUGUCUGCUGCUAGACCAAUUCAGAUCAUCGAGCCCACGGGAAUCAGUCUGAUCAGUGACAUCGAUGACACGGUCAAGCACUCUGCCAUUGCUGGUGGCGCCAAGGAAAUGUUCCGCAACACUUUCAUCCGUGAAUUAGAUGAACUCAAGGUCGAAGGAGUCAGCGACUGGUACGGGAGUUUGGCCGAGCAAGGUGUGCAGAUCCAUUAUGUGUCAAAUGCACCCUGGCAACUGUACCCUCUUCUCGAACGCUAUUUCAAAAAGGUUGGCUUGCCCCCUGGAUCUUUCCAUCUCAAGCAAUAUUCAGGCAUGCUUCAAGGUAUCUUUGAGCCCACAGCCGAAAGAAAGCGAGGCGCGCUGGAGCAAAUUCUGCGAGACUUCCCCGAACGCAAAUUUAUCUUGGUCGGCGAUAGUGGUGAAGCUGAUUUAGAGGUCUACACCGAGAUUGUGCUCGCAAACCCUGGCCGGAUCCUGGGAAUCUUCAUUCGCGACGUCACGACUCCGCACACGAAGCCUUUCUUCGACAAAUCUGUCAGUCAAUUCAAUCAGUCCAAUCGCAGUCGCAGUUCACCAGAUAUCAAAGACCGUUCAGAUGCGAUGUCCAACAGGCCGAAGCUGCCACCUCGAAGCGGCACAACUGUUUCGCCCCCAGUGCGCGCAGAGCCGGACCCGCAGGACCUUGAACUAGAAGACUUGAUUGACCUGACCGAUCUUAUCAUUGACGAUAAGCCACCUCCGUCUGGACUGACACACCCGACCACACCACGCCCACCGCCAGUGAAGCCUAUCAAGCCAUCCGCCUUGCGUAUGGUCUCUACCCCAGCUGACCUGGCUGCUAAGGCCUCGAAACCCUCUUCUCUGCGCCAAGUCGCCACGGCCUCUGACCCAGCGGACAGUGAUUCCAAACCUCCCGCACAGGAACCCCCCAAACGCAAAGCUGUACCCCCUGUGCCCCCCAAGCGGGGUUCCGGGCCCAAGGCCGAGUCGGACCCCUCACCGGGAAUAUCUAGAAGCAGCACCGCGGCAUCAGGGAACGACAUCCCGUCCUCGUGGCUGAAAGGCCUCGACAACGACAACAGCCAAACACAAGCUGCUCGUGCCAAGCCACCACCACCUCGUCCCCCACCCCGUCGGACAAACACUGGGUCAUCAAUUGCCAGUGUUGACCAGAGUCCAUCCGCCACGCCAAGUGGCUCGAAUACUCCUUCUCCCGCCCCUGCGCCUGCAAGCGGAAUUCAGUCAUACCCUGCUGCAGCUGCUCAAGCCGCCUAUCAAGGCUUCCAGUAUGCAAGUGAUCGUCUCAACUUUUCUGGAUCUCCCGUCGGUGGAACCAGGCAAGGAUCCAACGACUCUGGAGUACCGCCUGCGCCGCUACCUAACAAGCGGGAAGAGCUCUGGCGUCGUCGCUGGGAGCGUGCCACAGAGGUUUUAGAACAACACGGAGUUGUACUGGGCAGCUGGCGGGUUGGUAGCGACGCAGAGCCUGUUUGUGAGUGGUUAAUCGAGGAGGCGAUGGAGGAUAUGAAGUCGAAUCGGACGAAGGGCGAGCAGUGA